CUCAGUCAACCCUCCAUAUCCACAUACACUACACGAUGCGGAGGGGGCUCCGGGGCCGGCCCAAACAUCGGACCAAAACAAUCCGUGAAGGGGUCUGGAUGACAGAUCGGCCAGUUGGAGCUACCAACAGGGUCGUGUGAAGGUGCAGCAUCUGCUAGGACUAUCGACUUUACCCGAUCCAAACUGGCCGGACUUAUCAGACGAGAGAUCUUUCUGCUUCCCCCCCAUGUUGCUGGUGUGGAGUUGGCCGGGCCUCUGCGGUUGUAUCAACUGGCAACGACACACGCCAACACAUCAGGAUGGGUCACACUUUGGAGCCGCAUCUCCCAGUGGACAUGCGUCUCGCGGACCCCUUCCCUCCUCUCUGCUCCGACUCCUCUUCUCUCCGUUCGAGCUCUCCGUCAUUUCCUUGUUGCAUCUGGCCGUGAUCCGGGGGCCCUGUUUGCCAUCCAUGCCCCGCAUUCCCCUUCCCGUCACCGCAAUAAAGCACUCCCGUCUCGCUGGUGGCUCGGCCCCGGCUUCCCCCUUCCUGCCGUCGCCUUGGAUACGUAGCAUAUCAGCCUUAACAUCCUCAACCUCUCCCAGCUCACACCACCCUCCAACUUGUGAGACAAGCUUUCACCUCCGGCAUUGCUCCCUACUUUUGUCCCCCAGUCCGUUUCUAUCCCGCAUUGCCCCUUGGGUUGGGCUCGAUUGCAGCACAUCACACCGAAUAUCUCGGUUCGCGGCCGACAGUUUGUUUACAACUCUGCCCACUUUUUUUUUAUUUUUUGUUUUUGGGCUCUCCAAAUUUCCGGCCUCUGGCUGAGGUACCCUGGGCCGCUCUCCCGUCUUAUCCACGCCUAUUACCCGACUACACACAAGUGUCAUUGUUAGCCUCCCCGGAAGCCUCAGGAAGCAAUUGACACGCACUCUGGCACCAUGGGCGGUUUCUACAUUCAGUAUCUCGAAACCCCUGGCCA